AUGUCCAUUAACCGCAAUGAAUAAUGCAAUUUUAUAUUUAAUAUAAUUAAAAUCUACAUACAAUGGAUAUGCAUCCGAUCAUUUCUACAUCAAAAUAAAAAGCUAUUAAGUAUAAAAUAAUUUUCAUAAAUUGAGUUGCUGUUGUUGGAGAUAAGGGAGUAGGUAAACAUUAAUUAAUUGAAAAAAUGCUGGAUGUUGAAACUAAAGUAAAUGAUAGAGAUAUUAUGUCAAUUGAUUUUUUUAUAUCAUAUAUAUGGAUAGGAGAUUGCUAAUAUCAAACAAUUCAUUAUUGGGUGGUCUCUUUAGAUUCAAAUAAAUAACAGUAUGUAUUAAUAAAUAAGUAAGGUUUAACUCCAUUCCAUUUAUUCCUUAAAGUGACAUAUAUGUUAUUAUGUUCAGUUUACAUUAAAACAGAAGUUUAUUCAAUGCUCUUCAUGUUUGGUUUUAAUUAAGUUCCUAAAAAAGAAAUGUUUAAUAUAUAUUUUUAGGAUCUGAUAAUGGACAAUUAAGAUAAUGUGGUUCAUUUAAUGAGAUAAUAAAAAUCAUAAGGAAUAAAAUGAUAAGAUCUUCUCCUAACUUAGAAGAAAUUUAAAAUGAAUCAAGUUUAAAAGAAAUUCGAAAAACUAUUGCAUAUGUUGAUGAUUUCAUUGAUGAAUCACUACCAGAAAAUGUUCAAUAUCUAGAAAUCAAAGAUUAUGAACAUUAGCCAUUCAAAGGAGUUUUAAUUAGUUCAAUUUAAAAUGUUAUUAGUAAUGAAAGAUAAAAAUUGUAUUCAAUUAGUGCACCCAUAUCUCCAAAUAUAAUGCCUUAAUUAUAAAAAUCUGUAUCUGAAUAUUUACAGAAAACAGAGUAUAAUGAAAAUAGAUCAAAUGAUUCAAUGAAUAUUAAAGAAAAAAGAAAUACAGAAAUAGUUCAAACAAUAAAAAUAGACUAUUCAUUAAAUAUUUAACCUAUUUAAACAACUAUGAAUCCUAGUCUUUUAACUUUAGAAUAGAGCAGCUGUUCUUAAUAAGCCAAAAAAGAAACUGGAUUUUGUUGCUAAUUAAUAUGAUGU